CGGCAGGAAAAUUAUCCCAUUCUGUGACAAUGUCAAUGAAGCAAGAUGUCGGGAUGCAUUCUCAUAUGGAACGUGCAGUAUUUUAAGAUAUCAAAAUCCAGUUCCCAUAGAAGAUCGUUUCUUUCUAAAAGCCCCAUUUGAUACUCAAUAUGGUCCUGAAUAUUUCGGUGGGGAAGAUCCAUUUAAAGAUUAUUGUCCAACAAUGGUU